AUGAUAACCAAAGAAAUGAGAUAAACUAUGCUUUUAUCAUGUGCAGUUUUACACUUUGUCUCAAUUAAAUUGGAACUAUAGCGCAGAUUAUCAACAUAUAAAAAGACAUUAUUAGUAAUAAAGAUUUAUAUCUAUUUUAGGGAAAUGCUGAGAAUUUUGUCUCCAAACCAAACCAGCUAUAAAGCAGAGCAAAUUAUCUCGAAUAUCGAUGCAGCAAGAGGAAUAAUAUUAAUUUUCAAACGCGCCAAAUAUGUAAUUAACCUAAUCAUUAUUUAAUAAUUUCUAAUUUUGGUAUAAAGCAGUUAUUGAAAAUUGAUUCUAAAGGAGAAUUUAAAAAGCAAUAUAAUGAUCCUACAAAGUAAAUUUCACUUUCUUGUAAUUAAUAAAUUGCAGAAUUUGAAAAAGCAAUCGAUUUCAAGUACUUCUUCCCUCAAUACAAUUUGCAUGUAUUAAUUUGGAUUAUAAUAACAGGCUAAAUACAUAAACAAAAAUGCAAAAUGCAUUUAUUAGUUCUUUAAUCAUGAAAUUAAGAAUAGAACAUCAGUAAGAAUAAGAGAAGCUCUAAAUCAAAUGAAAUAUUUUAUUAAUAUUAUAUUAAUUAAAAUAAUAUGGAUUUUGAAACUCAAAUCAUUAUUUGUAGAAAUAAUGCAAAGAGUGUAGUGGACAAAAGACUAAGAGGAUUUGUUUAGGUUUGGAAUCAAGUAAAUUGAUUUUGAACAUUAGAUUUUCGAUGAUGAUGAGGAGAUAAUUGAUUUUGAGGCUGAUCCUAAUUUGGUAAAAUAAAUAAAUUACUAUUACUAAUUGCACGAGUACGAUUAAGUAAAUAAAUAUACAAAGUAGACCUAAAUAAGUUUUGUUGAUAAAAUUGAAGAUUCGAAUAUUGAGCAUUUGAUGGACUAAAAAUCUAUUGAUUAUCUGAAAUAUUUAGGAUUCGAAUAUGAUGAAUUAUCAAAAGAUAGAGUAUCAGAAUGGUUAACUAAAAUUACUCCUUUAUUGGGUGAGUGUUAUAGGUUAAAUUGCGUUGAAAUUAUCGAAAUUUUAAAAAUAAGUGUUGCAAUAUUUUUCUAUAUUGAGGGUUUAACUGAAAAGGAGUUUUAACAAUUUGCAUUGAAAUGGGGAAUCCAGUAUCCCUUACCUCCUCAAAGAUAAAGGAAAAUAGUUGAGGAAAAUAAAUUUAUUUUUGAGAGACAAGGAAAGAAAUGA